GCCGCCGUUUCCCCCCUCUCCCACCAACGGUGUGUUGAUUCGACGGCCUCCGUUUUUCUCCUGUCUCUUUUUAAAAAACAUAUAUAUUUGUUUUAUUUCUGUUGUGUGGCGGCGGCGGCGAAGGUGAGGUCGACGCGUUUCCUUCCCGAGGGAGGCUUUGCCGGGGUGGGCAGGAGCGGCGGAGGCGGACCCGCCUUGCCGCUUCGUUGUUGGGGCAACGGGGCCGUUUCCAUGGAGACGCUGGAAGGCGUGGCGGCCUGACGUAUUCUUUUCCGCCCUCCCUUUGGGGUCAGCAUCCUCUGCGCUUCCAUGGAGCUUGAUUGGGGAUAGGAAUAAGGAUUGUAAGAGAAAUGAUCAGCUUCUGCGGCACGUAGGGUUAUAAUAUGGUGGCCGGGACAGUCUCUGCCAUGGCUUCAGAACUUUGCAAAGCUAUAUCUGAGGCAAAGCUCGAAAGGCACAAGAACUUGUUUUUAAACUACCGAAAUCUGCAUCACUUUCCUCUGGAAUUGCUGAAGGAUGAAGGUCUGCAGUACCUGGAGCGACUCUAUAUGAAGAGGAAUUCAUUGACCACUUUGCCAGAAAACCUUGCCCAGAAGCUUCCUAAUCUUGUGGAACUGUAUCUCCAUUCAAACAACAUUGUCAUUGUACCUGAAGCAAUAGGUUCCCUGGUUAAACUGCAGCUACUGGAUUUGAGUGACAAUGCGCUUGAAAUUGUGUGCCCUGAGAUUGGCCGUCUGAGGUCCUUACGACAUCUUCGACUGGCUAAUAACCGACUGAAAUACUUGCCGGCAGAAGUUGGAGACCUUAGAGAGCUGCAGACAUUGGACAUCUCAACCAAUCAUUUGAUCACUUUGCCUGAGAGGUUGCAUAUGUGCCUCUCUCUUCAGUACCUGGCUGCCGACCGGAACCAUCUACGGUGCAUCCCUCGUCACCUCUGCCAGCUCCCCAGUCUCAACGAGCUCUCCAUGGCUGGGAACCGUCUGGCGUUCUUGCCACUGGAUUUAGGUCGUUCCCGAGAACUGCAGUACGUUUAUGUGGAUAACAAUAUUUACUUGAAAGGACUUCCCUCUUACCUUUAUAAUAAAGUCAUCGGCUGUAGCGGCUGCGGUUCUCCUGUUCAGAUGUCGGAGGCGACGCUUCUCUCCUUUUCUUCGGGGCAACUGACUGUCUUUCUCCCAGCAGAGGUGAAGGCGAUUGGGACCCACCUGGACCCCGUCCUGCCUUUGCAAGAGAUGGCCAUGCGGACGCUGCACAACACCUACUGCAGGUUUCUGAAAGGUCUCCAGCUCCUGACUCCAAUCUCGUUGCCUAGAAGUCUCUCGGAGCUGCUGCGCUGCCCUCUGGGACACUGCCACCGCUGCAGCCAACCCAUGUUUACCAUUGUCUACCCAAAGCUCUUCCCCUUGAGAGAAACACCAAUGGCUGGAUUGCAUCAGGGGAGGACGAGUGUUAGUUUUGUGGCGUACUGCUGCUCCACCCGAUGUCUGCAGACUUUUGACCUAUUGAGCUGAUAAAAACUGAAAGCAGCUCGAGAGCCUUGCCAGCUUGGAGCUGCCUUCUGCGGGGUCUCCUGAUGGCGCUGGAAUACUCCGUCGUGUGCGUUUGUGUGCUGGCGUUGCGCAUGUGGCCGAAGCAGCCAGGAGGAGUUGCCCAGCUGGGAACACGGAGAGCCACUUAAGUCCACGCCCCGUCGGAUUUGAAUGCAAAGCAGAAACUCUUUGGGAAGUGUUUUAACUCUUCCAGCUUUAGAAAAGGUUAACACUUCCCCGGUCCUCCUUUCAGGCAGAACGUACACAAGCAAACAUCAGAUGAGCCAAAGGCUUCUGGAACACUCAAGGAUUCUAGUUGUAUUCACACAAGGUUUCUGUUCAAACCGGGGUCAGCCAUUUGAAUGUGAGAAACUGAUUUAACAAUACAUUUGUAAUACUCGCAA